CUCUUCACUAGACGCUGGGAGUAGAUAUGUAUUAGUCCAGCUCUGAGAAGGUGUCAAGACUUCUGAGAAGAUGAUUUCAGCAAAAAAAUAAAAAGUAGGACUUUUUUGCAAGGAGCAACACUAUAAUUUUCAAAUAAGGAAGCUACCUACUGAGCUGCUUGGGGAUUUCCAGUUCAUAUUGUGAUUAAUUUAUGGAAUAAAACACUGGAAGUGAAGAAAAGGUAAAAUGAGGAAGAAGAGGAAAGUUUCUCAUGUCUGCUUGUUGCUUCUGGCUUUGCUCCACAUCGGCACACCCUCCUCAGCUCAAAACACCACCACAGUCAGUACCAGCACCACUUCAGCACUGAACUCUACAGCUCUCAGUUACCGCACACGUCCAGUGGAUGUCGAAGUGGCUGUGGGAGAACCGGCAGAGUUUCGCUGUGGAGUGCCCGAAACAUCUCCAAACCUCACAUUCACCUUCUACGGGAGUCACGGCAACUACAGCCUCACCUGCCCUCAUGGCCACGUGGAAGACAUCCCCGAGGCUCUCUAUGGAAGCUGUUAUAUGAAGGAUGGAGAGUCACUGGCUGUGUGGACCCUCCGGGGAACCUCCUUUCCAGACAACGGCACAAGUGUCAUCUGUCAGCAGUCAAAGAAUCCUGAUGCUGCUGCUGCUGUCCUGCAUGUUUAUGAUAACGGUGCGAGCUACUCAGUUCUCAUUGGCUGCGUCAUUGGAGGUUUCUUUGGCAUCCUGUUGGUGUUUGGUUUACUGUACGCCGUGCUGUACAGAUCAGAGAGUUUCUGGAAGUGCUUCGGGGGGUCAGAAACCGAAGACGACAUGACCACCAUAGUAACAAAGGACUAAAGGAGGACACCAAGACAAGACUUUCUUCACAAAGAGGACAGGAACCAGAACUAACUGAUUCUAUUUUUAAUUCUUUGACUAAUCUAAAUGAAGGGACAGCUGGGCCGGCCCAAAUAAGGAGAUAAUGUUGUUGAGGCCGCCAGAUCCAGUGUGUCCACUGAUAGCAUCAGAUCCUUGUUUUGCCUUCAGCUAUUAGACCUUGCAAUUCACAGCCUAAAUGUGUACAAUAUUGUAUAUUAUAGCCAGAUAACCUUCCCCACUUAUGUUGGAUCCUAUGCUAAUGUUCACUGCCUUCUCAAAUUACAUGUAAAAUGCUUUGCUGCUGUUCUCCUAUUUUCUAAAACAGUUUAACAUGUAGAAAACUGUAUAAAGUUUUCAAAAGCUUUGAAAAGGGGUAUGUCCAGUAAUCUGGUGUUUCACUGAAUGCUCAGUGGUUUCAGCUACGUGAUAAAAGCAUUAACAGCUGCUGGCUGAACUACUGACCACUGCACUCACUGGUUACAUGUUAUGAAAGUGCUGAGCAAGUGAUAACAAAAAGAUUGUCUGCAGAUUGCUGCCGGUUAAAUGAGGAACAGUGGAGUAGCUGAACUUUCAGCUCCUAUGUUUUACAGCUGUAAAGUGACAAGCUAUUUUCAAAAUAUUCAGUGACAGACGUUUCAGAUCCUUUUAAUCCAACUGCACUUCCACAAUUUGUCCACUUGAGAGAAGCACCUACUAUGAAGUGAAGCAACAAAUUGCAUCAGAACAUGUUGCACUCAAUUAAAACUAUAUUGAAGAAUUUGAUUUCUUUUGGAUUCAUUUUAUGAAGUGACUUGGUUGUGAUAUUGUUGUUAUGCAAAGUAUUUUUAUACAUUUGCGUUGUGAAGUAAACUUUCCUAAAGUCAUUGUUUUUGCAUAAACUACAGUAGCUCCUUUUUCCACACUUACUCAGGCAGGUAUUUCUUUUUAUGUUGCUGCUAUGUUUAGUGUGUGACCCAUGACCACUGUACAGUUAUAAGACACAAAGGAAGUGCAUUUAAAUCCU